AUGAUUGCAGGUGAUUCCUCCCUCGAGAUCAUAGGAUCAAGAUAUCCUAAUGGUAAAAACAGCAAAAAGCCUGAAAUUGAUGUGAUAGAGCUUACAUCAGGAUUAGACGAGUCUUCGGCCAUCGAAUGCGUGGCAAACACUCAAGAAUAUCCUUCUUCACCUAAAUUACAAAGAUCUAGCCCAUUCAGGGCCAUUUCGAAUCGCAGGAGUGUUCAUGAUGAUUCAGCAGAAUUAUCGUGUGCUUUUCUGAACGACACAAGCCUUGGCACAGAUUCAGGAACAGAGAAAGACGCUGGUGGAAUGAAUGGCCGUGCUGUUAUCGGGAAUUAUCCCCCCAGCUUGUUGGGUGCUUCGAGCCCCGUGAGAGCACAACUGCCUACUAAGUGCAAAAACGCAUUAGAACAAGUUCUCAGUGAAGACCAAUCGUCCUUCACUGACGGCCAUGAAGGUGCUAGUAGCUCGUUACAAGGCAGUCCAAGUGGAUUAACUUUUGGUGCAUUGGGUGCGAAAUGGUCUCAGAAACAGGACUCUCAGUGCCUUGAACGCCAAACUUUCCAUAAAAGGGCCACAGAGGAAAGAGUCUCUGAACUGAUGGAAAACCACAUGAACACAGUGGCCACGGGAAAGGCAUUGUUUGUUCAGUCAUCACCAAGCAUACUAAAUGAAUUUGGCGCAACAAGGGAAACGCAGACAGAGCAUGCGGAUCGCCAUAUUCAGUCACAGAACGGAGAUAGCAUUGAAGCAGAUGCUAUAAUAGAAUCGACAUCUCCGUGCAAAAGUUCCAUGGGCUCGCCAAGAAGAUCAGGUUUGUAUAUCUCGAAAAGGAGACGAUUAGACACCAGGGACGAGCAACCGAAUUCUGACGACGAAGAUAGCUCGCAUGCGGGAUUCAGCACCUUUAUCAUCAAUAGCAGGUUUUAUUCGGAUGUGGAGUCUCAGCGUGAAAUCUCAAAGAUUCAAACAACAGCCGCAGGUAAAAAAAUGUUCAACGCCGCUAACAAACUCAUCAAAGAUACCAAUACCUUGAAAAAUGAGAUGAUUUUAGACAUCGAUGAGUCUCUCUACCAAGAAUUUGUCGCGGACGGUGUUGAUUUGAAGAAUGAGGUGCAUCCAGCACAAAUUAUUCAUCUGCAUGAAGUGAAAUCACUGAUAAAGCUCCGAAGACGCUGCAGUUCAAUAUACGACCUGAAUCAUGGAUUGUUCUAUCCGAGGGCCGAGAAAGUGGUUAGUGAAACUGUCUCCAUUUUAUUUUACAAUGCGUUAGAGUUUUUCCACCUUUACUGUUCUGAGAAAUCCAAGUUGCUAGAAUUCAUCAAGGAAUCAAAGACUUCCUAUCCUAUCGUUAUUAUAACUCUUGUCGGCAGAGAUGACCUUAUAAAGGGAAUUCAAAACAUGGAGAAUAGACGGUUCAGACAGCAGGUAGAGGAGGAACUGCAUGGCUCGAGAAAAAACCGAAAUCGUUCGAAAUCUAAGAAACAAGAAAUGUUGGAAGAGCUAGGGAUCACUAUACAAGAUGUCGACCAAUACAUUGACGAUAUUGCAGUAAAAUACGGUGUUCAAUUUUUUACCAUAGAAUCUAAGCAGGAAUUCAUUCCUUGGCUGAAUAGUCUGGUUGCUGUUGUGGGUAAAAAGCGUUACGAUCCCGUGGUGAGACAUCAAGAGUGGUCUCAUAUUACCAUGCGAUCGGCACAAGACCCGCGAGACUCGCUUGGAAAAACACUGGAACAGCUAGAUCAAAUGACUGCGUUGAAAGCUCAAAGGGUAAUUUCAGUCUAUCAAAACUUCCAGCAUUUGUUCAAAGAUGUUGAAAAAGGUUAUUUAACAAGCGGAGAUGAUGGAAACCCACUAAUGUCGAGUGCAUCAGAAAAAGCCAUGGUAACUUUAUUAACCUCCGAUAAUCCUGACGACCUAGUUUAUAUGUCCUGA